AUGACGUUUUCUUCUCCCCACGACGCCGAGACACCCAGCAACGACCAACCCGCCACGAUGGAACUUUCCAACAACGAGAUCUUCAUCGCCCUUUUCUUCGGCUUCGUCGCGCUCAUCGUCAUGGCCAUGAUCAUCGUCUACUUCCGCAAGAAGCACCUGAAGAAGGUCAACGAGAAGCUGCGCGCCAAGCACGCCAACAUGGCCCAGGCGGUGUGA